AUGGCGGACAAGAUCUCCGGCGCCAACAUGGGUGCCGAUGCUCAUCUAGAUGGAGAAAAGAUGGACACAAAGGAGGGUACUAUGUCUAUUUCCCACGAGCCCCCGCGUGCUUAUCUUGAUGGCAACCGCUCGAUUUACUUGGAUUCUAGCAUUACCUUUGAGAAUUAUGUCUACUGGGCUAAGCGGUCGCGCGAGGUUGAGAAGCACAUUUCCACUGACGAUGCGGGAUUUGCGUACUGGAGAAAGAGGCUUUUCAGUAAAACGUCUGACACUCCAGUACAGAGUACGCCUGUCAUCACUGAGACCAACCCCAAAAAUACCAGCAGAACGGAUGGCGAUAGCGCAAGCGAUAGUUGGGGUAUCACCGAGACGGAAUGGGAACAGGCACAACGGGCUGGGCGAACUGCAACCUGGGGUUCGAUCUUCUAUCUCAUUACCACAGAUAUCCUCGGACCGAUCAAUGUCCCUUGGGCAAUCAGUCAGAUGGGCUAUGGACCAGGAGCUGCACUUUACACCGUUUUUGGAGCCAUGGCUUGUUACUCCGGCUUGCAACUGUGGAAGAUCUUCGUCGGCCUCGACUCAACUCGAUUCCCAAUGCGCAAUUAUGGAGAUUUGGCUUUCCGUGUCUAUGGAAACUGGGCACGCAUUUUGGUGAACGUCCUACAAAGCUUCCAGUUCUUCCUCAAUGUGUCCCUGCUUAUUGUAAGCAACGGACAAGGACUGGCCCAGAUGGCCGUCGGUGCCAAUGGCCAGGGGUUCCUGUGUUUCAUCGCCGCUGAAGUUAUCUUCAUGGUCAUCGGCUUUUUGCUUGGGCAGAUUCGUACCCUGCAACGACUUUCUUACCUGGCCAACAUUGCGAUCUGGAUGAAUAUAAUUGUCGUCAUCAUGACUAUGGUUGUGGUUCAUCAGUAUCCUCCUAAUUACGAAGCCUCGUUCACUAGCUAUGAGACCCCAAAGGGACCUGUGGUAACAAGCGGCUACUGGCCUGAGAGCUCAACCCUUAAGAACAAAGUCAAUGCUAUGAUGAACGCUGUUUUCGCAUACGGCGGCGCAACUCUCUUUAAUGAGCUCAUGGCUGAGAUGAGACGGCCAUAUGACUUCUGGAAGGGUUUCGUUAUUGCCGAAAUAUUCAUCUACGUUUGCUACCUUCUCUGUGGCAUGGUUGUGUACAGUGCGCAGGGCCAAUUCACAUUCAAUCCUUCUUACCAGGGUAUUCCAAACUCUGCUUACAGGUUCCAGACUUUGGGCAACGCCAUCUCAUUUAUCACCGGCGUCAUUGCAGCACUGUUAUAUGGUAACAUUGGUAUCAAAGUCUUCUACAACGUUGUUUUGCAUGAUAUCUUCCAUCUCCCGGAUUUGAACAGCCGAACUGGUAAAUUGGUGUGGGUAGGGCUCGCACCUGCCUACUGGGCUCUCGCUUGGGUGAUUGCCGCCGCAAUCCCGCAAAUCAGCAAUCUCACAUCCUUCGUUGGAGCCGCCUGCAUCUUGCAGUUUUCUUACACAUUCCCACCAAUGUUGCUGGUUGGGUUCAACGUCCAGAAUGACGCAAUGCUCCCCGAAGAGGAAUUUAAUUCGGCAACUGGCGAGGUACAACGCUUGGAUAGUGGAACGAAGCGGUGGAUUAGAGGUUACAAGAAGAAGUUUGUGUGGAACACUUUUGAUGUAAUCUACUCCUUUGGUGCGCUAUCUGCCGCUGGUCUGGGAAUUUGGGCUUCAGUUACUUCGAUGCACAAGUCAUUCGAAGGGGGGAACCUGACGCCUUUCACCUCCAUGGAUAAAAAUCAAAUCUUUCCGCUGCCUAUUUCGGCAAGCCCACCCACUUCGGCCUCGAUAAGUCCGACCGACUCUGACUAUGUACCUUCGAUUUCAUCCCUCCCAUCGCUCACACACUCGAAUUCGAGUUCCUCAUCUAGCCAAGCUAGAUCCAUACCCACUCCCACAACACCUACUAUCCUCGAGGAUACACCAGGGAAACCCUCCGGUAUGGAGGGAAAUCGCAAUAAGCUCGCUCGCAACAUAAGUGCCUUAGCGGACGCAGGAUAUCGCCCAGUAUGGUCAAGGGAGUAUGGGUACCCGGGAACAAUCCCCGACGAUAUUACAGAGUUCCUCGAUAGUAAUAGCUAUCGAUUUGACGAGCUGAUCGGCCCCCUAAGUAGUCUCUUUUGGCUAGCAGGCCUCGACGAGCUGGUCGACGCUAUUUAUGACCCAGCCAUUGCCCUCCAAGACGAAGUACGUCUCAUCCCUACCAAUGUAGGUGUAGCAUGGAUCUUGGAGAGCCUGUUUGAAGAGGGCAAAAUCUCAAGACCGAUGUAUGAUCGGUACUUUUUGGAAUACCAUCAGCCAUCGCUGGCAGUUAUGCCACUCCGACUCGACCCGAUCCCCCCACAAGUUGGACUCGAAUGCGUUCGCCAUAGAUUGGAAGAUCUCUUUCCCACCUGCAGGCCACAACUUCUACCUCAGGAUAUUACCACAGUUCGGGUAAAGGGCGACAAGAACAAGGAUCGCCUGUCUGCAAAGAUCCUUAAAGACUACAUUGGCAAACUUGGUGGGGGCUCAUUCUUGUACCGAGUGUCUACUCGGUCCGCUUUAGCUGCGCUGUUGGCUUUUUUCGUCCCGGUCGUCCACAGUAAUAACUCGGACAAUGAGUUAGGACCGGGAAUUUAUACCUCAGAUUCUCUAGAAUGGGUCCUGAGAUUUGGCUCCGUCAAUAGUGCUUUGUUGGUUUUUAAAAAUCCGGAUUUUAGCAACUUGGACGUUUGGAGCCCUGAUAUACCCAACUGGCAGCACAUUGUCGCAACUUGGACUCGGAAAUCUUUAUCAAACGUACCUAAUUCGGGAUCUCUGCGAUGGAAAACUGCAGAUGUGAUCAAAGGGCCAAUCUCAAAGCCCGAUUCACAAAAGAACUGUCUACCAGAACCUGGAGAUGUUGCACAGGUAGUUGCUACUAGUUACGCAGGGUGCGGAGUGCUUUCUUCAUCACUCGCGAUGAUCAUCUGGAUUGAGUAG